AUGACCUCGACCACCCUCAUGACUUUCUUACUGAAGACUAACCCCGAGAUCCGAUCGGUCAAGCUGCUCGGAUCAUGGGAUAAUUUCUCCAAGCCUUAUCCCAUGGAAAGGGAUAGGCGCGUGGGACCCGGUCAAUGGCGUGGUUGUCAUACUUUUACAGAUAUAAUAGGCGAUGGGCCUCCCGGUGACAAGUCUCAAUGGCGUACCGGAGGGUUGAAGAUGGGUGCCACCUACUGGUACUACUACCUGCUGGACAAUGACGUCGAAUACUUCAAUCAAGUCGAGCCUGUUACGACUAAAUGCCCGUUUCUACCAGGGCAGCCAGUCAAUGUGCUCAAUGUGCCGAUCAUCCUCCCCGACAGCUCCCAUGCUCGUUCAGGUAGCAACAGUUCACAAAAGUCCGACUACCGAACAAUGAACCCGGAGGACAAGUUCAUGAACCCCCGGAAGCCACCAAAGCCCAAUCUGGCACGCCUACAGACGUCUGUGCCUCGCCCGCAAAAAGUCAACCCAUCCAGUGCUACCAGCACUUCCCCCGGUAUGGUACAUCGCAGUGCGUCUCAGCCGAAUAGUGCCACGCGAAAAUACCAUCAUUCCAAGGACGCUCGCUCCAUCUCGCCUCCGAGAAAUUGGGGCCUCCCUGCUUUCCAACCUCUCCAGGAAGCAAAGAGCCCGAAAUGGACCGAUGUACCAUUAAGAUCCAACACAGUGGAUGGAAGAUUGCAGGAUCGCCGCAAUGCGCCAGGAAAUGGCAUCAUUGCUGGGCCGGCUUCUUCAUCUGCAAAUCGCCCUGAGUUGUGUGCUGCACCCACCAUUCAAACUCGCCGUGCAAUGAAGACAAACAACACCGAGGCUGGACAGCCGCCGAAUCUACUUACCGUGGAGAUACGCCCUCAUCUCCGCAAGCCUAGUGUUUCAAGAGGCGCCGCAGCAGGCCCCACUUUGGGAACAGUUGAUGAAACACAGGCUCUCAAGGAUGAUCUUACAACUCCAAAGGGGCGCAAUAUCCAUGAGAAGCGACUCCCCACGCUACCCAACACACCGUCCUCAGUCAUGGAUGAGGCAGUACACGCCAUGGAUGAAACCGACAAGGCCAUGAACGCCCAAGUCCUCCACAGCCACUUUUCAAGUCUGACCACGACCGCCAACGAGUCUAUCCACUCUCGCUUUGUCCCUGAACGCAGCCGCUUCUCAGAAUGGAGUACAGACACCGAGACCGAAACCGAAGCCGAGGAUAUCUCGUCCGAAUCAAUGAUCUCCACAUCCACAUUCAACCAAGAUACCACCGACUCCCCAGCCGUAGACGACUGGCACACACCAGAGCUCUCCCAGACCAACGACGCCGCAACAAACACCGACCCAAACACCCCACACCUGACGGUGCACUCCAAGCCGUCCUCCCCCAACUCUGCCUCCGGAGACAUCCCCCCAUGGAACAUGAACGCCCUGAACAUCUCCCUCCCCCAACUCACCAUCUCCCUGUCCUCCCCGGGCCUCCCAACAGGCCUGGGCAUCGACCAAAUGGACGAGGUAGAAAGCAACCCCAAACGCCACGCUGCCCUUUUCAGCGCCCUCGAGUCCAUGGAAUCCCUCUCGCUCUCUCGCAAUCCAGACGGCUCGCCCAUCCUCUUCCCCGAGAUCCAGCGGCGCUCGGACGCGGGGCGCAGUGAGGUCGAUGAAGAAGUCUAUCGACGUGUUCUGUCGCGGGCUAGUGAAGCCUCGCUCCGGGGUAAUAGUACCAUGCAGGAGAUCAUGGAUGAACUGAGUUAUUUGAAGAAUAUGAUUCAGGCGGAGAUGGAUGGGGAGCCGUUUUAG